AUGAGUUUAAUGAUUAGAAAUACAUUCAAAGAUCAUUACAUGGACUACUCGGAUGCUAUUGAGAGAGACAUUUGCGAUGCACUCAUAACCGCUAAGAAUGAGGCCCUCAGAGAGGGUAAAGAGUGGGCCCCUUAUCUCACCGAUGAUAACCUGGCGAUGUCUGCGAUGACCCUGUUUCUGGGAGGGAUAAACACCUCGCAAAACACCUUUCAAUGGAUUGUGCUAUUGAUGUGCUAUUACCCGGAAGUGCAGCGAAAGUUGAGACAAGAGAUUGAGACACAAAUCGGAGACCGAAUGCCAACACAUGAGGACAGGAAUCGAUGCCAUUAUGGCGAGCGGAACCGACCCCCAGAGCCGCCCCGGAUCUACGGCCGCGACAUCCCCUCCGACGCUAAGCUAACUUUCGUUGAUUUCGUGCCUUCCGUUACGCACAGGGAUAAGAGGGACAAAAUAUUUUAUCAUCCUUUCAGAAUAUUAUUAGAAGUGGCGAACAAAUGGUUGCAACAUAACUAUGACUGGGAAGUUGUCAAUUGCGAGUCCGUGACCCUACUGUUCCGACACAACGCCUGUUCCCACGUCUCGCAAUGGGAUCUCAUGCCAAAUGUGGCCGCGUCUCAGGUCAUGGGUCAGGAAGCGGCCAUCAAAGCCCUCAGGGUAUGGAUGAGAAAAAGGGAAGACAUGCUACAGACGAAGAAAGAGGACGUCCAGGUAUUGGGUUACCGAGACUUCGUGCCCGACCGCAAAGAAGGCAACAAAAUCGAGACCUUAGAUGAGGUGAUCAAUAGAGUGAACGCCAUUAUCAGAGACGGCAAGUUUGAGGGCAGAAUCGUCUCCAUUGAAUGCCUUCCCUGUGAAUCCACUGGUGACCUAAGAUUUGAUCCGGAGGCAACCCUCCCGGGCUCGUCGGACACGACGGUGACAGUGGUGAGGAUAUACUACGAGGAGGGGCCGUCAUCUGAGGAGGAGAUAGGGAUCGCCGACUUCGUGCCCCUACACCUGUCGGGCGGCAGUCUCUUCUCGCGGCCCGAGUUCGAGACGUUCGACACAGUCAUGAGUCGGGCCUCCCGUUGGCUGUCGGAGAACCCGGAGAUUAAUUUCCGGAGCGCUCUGUCGAUCGAUUUCAAACUCAAGUCCAGUCAGUCGUCCUAUCAAUCACUUUAUCCUAUUAUAUAA